AUGUUUAAUAAUUCAGCUACAAGUGUUGGUCUGGCGGGAAGAGAAAGAAAAGUUUUGACCAAUAUAGACAUACACAGCGCUACGUCAAACACUCCGCAUCUAGAUAGAUACCGCCGAAGUAUCAAAAACAUAUCCAAACCAAUUGGUGGUUACCGACGAGGAGACCACACUAAAGAAAAUAAUCAAAGUCAUCAGGGCACUGAAGUAUCCGCAUUAAAACCUGUAUUGGCAGUUCGAUCUACUACAAAGUCCAAAGAUGCGUUUACUACUCCGACACCUUAUCGACGAGUACAAACUCCAAUUAGUAAAAAACGCAGAACCUCACCGCUAUCAACAAAAAUCUCUCAACAUUUGUUGGGGCUGGAAACUAGUGUUCCAAAUAAAGUAGCAUCACGAAAACAUUCUUCUUCGCCAUUUAUCGAUAAACCAAAGCACACUGCAGGAGUAACGACAAAUGCACCAAUGCAAUUAACGGAGAAUGCACCAGUACUCUGCAUAGAGAAAUAUCACACGUCGUUACCAUUUUUAGCAUCUACAAACUCGCCCUCCAGACCAGAAUCAAAUAUAUACAAGCCAGCAAGACCAGUUCAAGAUACAGAAACAGGGAUGCAACACAAAUCAAACGUGAUAACUACUGCCUCUUCCGCAUCACCAACCUCACAAGCAUCACCUUCCCAACCAGUACCACAACAAUCCAUCCCCAAAAAUUUAACACAACCAGCACAGUUAACACAAUCAACACUUUUACUUCCAAAGUUUGAAGAUUUUGAAAUUGGCCGGUGUUUGGGAAAAGGGAAACUUGGUAAAGUUUAUUGCGCCAAACAUAUAAAGUCGGAUUAUCUUGUUGCGCUCAAAGUCAUGAACAAACAAGAGAUUGUGAAUAAUCGUAUUGAAAGAAACUUUCGCCGAGAAAUCGAAAUACAGUCUGCAUUACACCAUGAUAAUAUCACGAAAUUAUAUACUUGGUUUUACGAUACAACAAACGUAUAUCUUGUACUUGAAUAUGGACUUCAGGGAGAAAUAUACACCCACUUGAAAAAGAGUAAACGGUUUAGCAACCGCACCGCAAGCUGUUACGUCUUUCAAGUCACAAAAGCGCUAAUUUACUUACAUUCCAAAGGUAUCAUUCAUCGAGAUUUGAAGCCCGAAAAUAUCAUGUUAGAUGCGAACAAUGUUGUCAAGUUGAGUGAUUUUGGCUGGUCAGUGUAUACAAAACGGAAUCUCACAAGUGGUGGUAAUUUUCAACUGCUGAGACAUCCAACAAAAGCAUCAGUAGUGACUGGAACACCAGGAGUAACAGCAUCAGCAAUAACACAGCCUUUGCCAUCAUCAUUACUGUCGUCAACUUUUCCUUCGACGCGUCGUGUCACAUUUUGUGGUACGAUUGAUUAUUUACCACCAGAGAUGAUUGAACAAAAACCACACGACGAAAAAGUAGAUGUUUGGGCUUUGGGUGUUUUAAUUUAUGAAUUUCUAGUUGGCAAACCACCAUUUGAGGAGCCCGAUAAAAACGCCACUUACAAAAGAAUAGUAAGAGUGGAUUUAAAAUUUCCCAGGAGUAUAGAUAUCGAUGCGAGAGAUUUGAUCCUUCGAUUAUUAAAAAAGCAGCCAGAGGAGAGAAUAAGUUUGCAGAAAGUGUUGAAACAUCCAUGGAUUUUGAAAAAUAAGCCACUUUGGCCAAAACACUGA